AUGGCAGACCUUGAAGUCUAUAAAAAUCUAAGUUCAGAAAAAGUUGAAAGAUGCAUGAGUGUUAUGCAGUCUGGGACCCAGAUGGUUAAGCUGAAGAGUGGAACCAAGGGACUAGUUCGUCUCUUCUACCUGGAUGAGCACAGGACCUGCAUCCGAUGGAGACCGUCCAGGAAAAGCGAAAAGGCAAAAAUUGUCAUCGAUUCCAUUUACAAAGUCACCGAAGGCCGACAGUCCGAAAUCUUCCACCGCCAUGCGGAGGGGAACUUUGACCCAAGCUGUUGCUUUACCAUUUACCAUGGCAACCACAUGGAGUCCCUGGAUCUGAUCACAUCUAACCCAGAGGAAGCUCGCACCUGGAUCACAGGACUGAAAUAUUUGAUGGCUGGAAUAAGUGAUGAGGACUCGCUCGCCAAGCGACAGAGGACACACGAUCACUGGGUUAAGCAGACCUUUGAGGAGGCUGACAAGAAUGGAGAUGGCCUGCUAAAUAUUGAAGAGAUCCACCAGCUGAUGCACAAACUAAACGUGAACCUGCCCCGCAGGAAGGUCCGGCAGAUGUUUCAGGAAGCAGACACAGAUGAGAACCAAGGAACUCUAAAUUUUGAAGAGUUUUCUGUAUUUUACAAGAUGAUGUCCUUACGUCGAGAUCUCUACUUACUGCUCUUAAGCUACAGUGACAAGAAGGAUCACCUCACUGUUGAAGAGCUUGCUCAGUUUCUGAAGGUGGAACAGAAGAUGAAUAACGUGACGCCAGAAUAUUGUCUUGACAUCAUACAGAAGUUUGAGGUUUCAGAAGAAAACAAGAAGCAAAAUGUCCUUGGGAUUGAAGGCUUCACCAACUUCAUGCGCAGUCCAGCUUGUGAUAUCUUCAACCCGCUGCACUGUGAAGUGCAUCAGGAUAUGGAUCAACCCCUUUGUAACUACUUUAUUGCUUCAUCCCACAAUACAUACCUGACAGGAGAUCAGCUUCUGUCCCAAUCCAGGGUGGAGAUGUAUGCACGAGUGCUGCAAGAUGGAUGUCGAUGUAUUGAAGUGGAUUGCUGGGAUGGUCCAGAUGGAGAGCCCGUGGUACACCACGGCUAUACUCUUACUUCCAAAAUACUGUUCCGUGACGUGGCAGAAACGAUCGAUAAAUACGCCUUCAUCAAAAAUGAGUUUCCAGUGAUACUGUCUAUUGAAAACCACUGCAGUAUUCAACAGCAAAAGAAGAUUGCUCAGUACUUGAAGGAUAUAUUUGGUGACAAACUGGACUUGUCAUCUGUAAUCACAGGAGACUCCAGACAGCUUCCUAGUCCUCAAAAUUUGAAAGGGAAGAUCCUAGUGAAGGGUAAAAAGUUGCCAUACAGUCUUGGAGCAGAUGCUGAGGAAGGAGAAGUUUCAGAUGAGGACAGCGCUGAUGAAAUUGAAGAUGAUUGCAAGCUGAAGCCCUGCUAUAGCAAUGGUGCAACUGAGCACCAAGUGGAAUCUUUCAUAAGAACAAAACUGGACUCUCUGAUGAAAGAAUCCCAAAUCAGGGACAAGGAAGAUCCUGACAGCUUCACUGUGAGAGCCCUGCUAAAGGCAACUCAUGAGGGAUUAAAUGUUAACCUGAAGCAGAACCUGGACACAAAAGAAGGUGGAAAAAAGUCUCAUGGUCGAUCCUUAAUGGGCAACUUUGGUAAACACAAAAAAGCUGUAAAGGCGGGAUCCAAAUACCAUAGCGCAUCAGAUGAGGAAGAAAGCCAGCAAAACUCUUCUGGGAAGGAAGUGGGGCAGCUCCACAGCCGACUGGCUCGUCGGAGGAAGACAGUGAAGCUGUGCCGGGCUCUGUCUGACCUGGUGGUGUACACCAACUCUGUGUCUGCCCAGGACAUUGUGGAUGAUGGAUCGACAGGGAACGUGCUGUCAUUCAGUGAAACAAGAGCCCACCAAGCAGUGCAGCAGAAGGCCGAGCAGUUUAUGCUUUACAACCAGAAGCAGCUUACAAGGGUCUAUCCGUCAGCCUAUCGGAUCGACUCCAGCAACUUCAAUCCUUUACCUUACUGGAACGUUGGGUGCCAGUUAGUGGCACUAAACUACCAGUCUAAGGGACGUGUGAUGCAAUUAAAUGAAGCAAAAUUUAGGGUAAACGGCAACUGUGGUUAUGUCCUCAAACCUCAGCAGAUGUGCAAAGGCACAUUCAACCCCUACUCUGCUGAUCCACUUCCUGCUAGUCCUAAAAAGCAGCUUAUUCUGAAAAUCAUCAGUGGACAGCAGCUCCCUAAGCCUCCUGACUCAAUGUUAGGAGACAGAGGAGAGAUAAUAGAUCCCUUUGUCGAGGUGGAAAUCAUUGGGUUACCUGUGGACUGCUGUAAAGACCAGACCAGGGUGGUUGAUGACAAUGGCUUUAAUCCUGUUUGGGAGGAAACACUCACUUUUACCAUCCACAUGCCUGAAGUAGCUUUGGUGCGAUUUCUCGUUUGGGACCAUGAUCCUAUUGGGAGAGACUUUGUUGGACAAAGAACUCUGGCCUUUAGCAGUCUUGUGCCUGGUUAUCGUCAUGUUUAUUUAGAAGGCCUGACAGAAGCAUCCAUCUUUGUUCAUAUAACCAUUAAUGACAUCUAUGGAAAGUGGAGCCCUUUAAUCCUCAACCCCAGUUACACAAUAUUGCACUUUCUAGGAGCCACAAAGAAUAAGCAGCUGAUAGGACUCAGGGGGCUGUUUAACAAGAACCCCAAGCACAGCUGUGCCGAAAGCAGUGGGCACUGCGUACGGAAGCGAUCGAUCGGGGAUCGGAUUCUCCGGCGCACAGCCAGUGCCCCAGCAAAAGGCAGGAAGAAGAGUAAGAUGGGCUUUCUGGAAGCUUCUGAAAUCAAAGACAGUGCAUCUGAACCACUAGACUUGAAAGACAAAGACGGUGUGGUAAGGCGUACGAGCCGGAGCCUGCAAGCACGUCCUGCUUCUAUGCCUGUGGACAAGUACCUUCUUGUAGGACUGCCGUGCCCAGAGGGUGAGACUGCCCAAGACACCAAAGGAAAAGAAAACACAUCUGCCCCCAGUGAUGACAAUACAGAUGAGAAGGAAACAGUCUCGAAAGAACCUGUGUUUACAUAUGCUGAGAAAACAGCAAAGACUUCGAACUUGGCACCUCAAUUUACAAAGAACGAUGAGAAGGAGAUUACAGUUGACUGGUUAGUACCACCUCUGCAGGAGCAGCCUGAGGGUUUAGUUGUUGCAGGUGGUGUAGCUGAAACAAAUCACCUCACCAGCUGUCAGGAAAAUAAUCUUUGUGCUGGAACUGCUGCUGUAAUGCAGGGCUCUGUUUCUGAAACUUCCACAGAAAAAACAAAUGCCAGAAGCUGUGCAGACAGUAAAAGGGAAGAUGACACGAAAGGGUCCAAGGAGGAGAAUAGAACUCUUGGGGGGACUCCUCUUGCUCAAAAAGCAGAGGUGGAAAAUCACAAACGUGACAUUGUCAAGCAAAGCACUGCAGCACCUCUUUCUGUGACAGAUGUUUGUCCUACUGUUUGCUCUUCUGUCCCUGAUUUGCACUCCACUUUAACAGUACAAGACAGUGACAUUUCUCGCCUGAUCGAUGAAGUUUCCUUAGGGACUGAGAGUGAGAUGGACAGCGCGCUCUCAGCUCUGAUCGGGCAGUUGGAUGUCACAGAUGACCAAAGUCAUCUUACCACAGUCUCAGGCCUCCAUGGCACUAGCAGCCAGACUUUCAGCGUGAUGGCCACACUCCCACAUGUGCUUGCUUCGAAUCCAAACAGUCCCUGUAAGCACAACUUUACUACCACCAAACCCGUCAGAUCUCCUUUAUUCUCAACGCCAGAUACUACCGUGUUCUCCAGCCCUGAAACUGCAGAGUAUUCUGUGUACACAAUUAUCCACGAGGCAACUCUUACACCAGCUUCUGAAUGCAAGACCCACAGUGAAUUAAUUUGCAACAACAAACUAAAGAGUGUAGAAAAUAAUGUGCCUGGCUCUCCUUGUCCUUCACCUCUCUCAUUCCUAAAUGCAAAUCCCAAAAGGAAAUGUGGAACACAAGCUGGAACAAGCUGGGAAGCCCCCGACUCUGCUGGUUCUUUUGCUUCCAAUAACCUCAUAUUUGAGGAGACACUUGUUGACCCUCUCCCUGGUGAAAAUUCAGAAAGCAGCAGUCUCGUAGAAGUAGAUGGGGAUUCUCAAGAUCUCUUGGUAACUGCAUGUGAGUACAGAAGGGAAGAGAUGAGCCAGUUGGCUUCCCCUUUGAAACUGAGGCAAAAGCAGGACAUUGAGCGUGGCGGUGAGAGGAGCUCUGGGAACAGCACAACUGUCGGGCUCUGUGCCGCUGCCCUGGGCUGCCUGGAUAAGUGCAGGACUGCAGGGAGUCAGCUGCCUUUUCCAGUCUGUGAAAACAUGGGCUUUUUGUACCAUCCUCAUUCAGACAAGCAGAAAAAUGUGGUGUGUGCCUCUGAGAGAUCCCAGCUUGACGUACACUCACCCGUGCUCAGAAACGCUUUGGCUUUCCCACCUCAUUCAGCCAUCAAGCAGACAAGCCCUUGCAAAUCCAAGAGCCUUGGUGACUUGACAUCAGAGGAUAUUUCCUGCAAUUUUGAAAGUAAGUAUCAAUACAUAAGUAGGAGCUUUAUCUCAUCGGGCAUGAGAGACAAGAAACUUGCUGCUAUGAAGAAUACGAGACCCCAUUCUACGGACGCUCUGACGGAGCAGCUGAGGAAGCUGGUGUCCCUGGACCAGGAGGACAGCCGCCAGACACUCUGCUCCAGGCAGGUUGAUGAGGAGUGUCCAAAAGCACUGGUCAGAAAACUCUCCUCCAGAAGCCAGAGCAGAGUGCGAAACAUAGCCAGCCGUGCCAAGGAGAGGCAGGAGGCAGCCAGCAAGCAAAAGGCUCCUGCCACAAGCAGUGUAGCGGGGGUUGUCCUCCGCAGUAAGCCUUCAGCAUCUCCUCACGUUGUCAACAGGCACUCCACGGGCUCCUACAUAGGCAGGUACCUGAGUGGCUUCCCCGGGGAGGGCCGGGGGAUGCCAGAGGGCUCCUGCUCCGCUUUGCACUCCGGCUGCAGCGACCGCUCGUGUGCACACGGCUCUGGGCUGCAGCUGGAGCCCGCCGGUGAUGAUAAGCCUGAAAUCUAUUUCCUGCUGAGACUGUAG